AGCUCCUAAUAUUGUUUUAAAUCAGUAAUGAUUUUUUUCCAAAGUUCCACUUCCAUGUACACAGCAUUUAUGCCGUAUAAAUCCAAUUCUCUUACCCGUAGUCAUGCAGUUAAUCUUAGCUCAACCCCUGUCCUUCUCCACAUUAGCACAAACAACCACCAUUACUGGUAUCGCUACAAUAGUACCACAACUUCUGGAAGAACUUUUAACGUUGUCUGUUGCUUAAAAAAAGAAAAUGUUGGAGACUAUACAAGUCUCUCUUCUAUUCAUUCUAAAGAAAUAAUAUCCACGGAUAUGGAUAUGGUGGUUAAGAGCCACAAAAGAACCAUAUCUAGCACCACUAACAUGCCUCUCACGAAGCCAUGCGAUGGCAUUGGCAUUGUUAGUUAUCUUCGAGGCAAGAACUAUCUUAUCACAGGUGCUACUGGAUUUCUAGCCAAAGCUUUUAUUGAGAAGAUAUUACGCACAGUGCCUGACGUGGGGAAAAUCUUUCUCUUGAUUAAGGCAAAGGAUAAGAAAGCUGCAAUUGACAGACUCAAAAUUGAAAUUUUAGACUCAGAACUUUUCAAGUGCUUGGAACAAAUGCAUGGGGAAUCCUUUGAGGAUUUCAUGAUAAGGAAGCUGGUCCCAGUAGUUGGGAAUGUUUGUGAAUCCAAUCUAGGGAUGGAUCCCUGUACAGCUAAUGAGAUCGCAAAAAAAGUUGAUGUGAUCAUAAAUUCAGCCGCCAAUACAACUUUUGAUGAAAGGUAUGAUGUUGCUCUCAACACAAACACAAGAGGACCUUCUCGGCUCUUAGGUUUUGCAAAGAGGUGCAAGAAACUUGACCUUUUCUUGCAUAUAUCAACCGCAUAUGUCAAUGGGGAGAGACAAGGAUUAAUUAUGGAAAAACCUUUCCACAUGGGACAGACAAUAGCAGAGAGAAGUGCCACCUCAAAAACCCCACCAGUAUCUAUCCCAGUACUGGAUAUUAUUGCUAAAAUACAGUUGGCUUCAGAUUUGAAAUUAUCUGCGCAUGAAAAUGAUGUUGCUCAAAAGAUGAAAGAAUUGGGUCUUCAAAGGGCAAAAACCUUCGGAUGGCAAGACACUUACGUGUUCACUAAGGCCAUGGGUGAGAUGCUAGUAAAUAGCCAGAGAGGAAAUAUUCCAGUAGUCAUCAUUCGCCCUACUAUCGUUGAGAGUACCUAUAAAGAGCCUUGCCUUGGAUGGAUACAAGGAAACAGAAUGCUAAAUUCGGUGAUCAUAUCUUAUGAUAAAGGCCAGCUCACAGGAUUUAUUGGAGACUAAAAACAAUUAUAGAAAUGGUGCAUAGUUCCUAUUGACAUGGUUGUCAACGCGUCCAUGGCAGCCAUAGCAAAACAUGGGAUUGCUGCGAAACCAGGGUUAAAUGUCUACCAUGUUGGGUCAUCUACUGUAAACCCGAUUACGUUUAAGGAUUUAGUCAAGUUUUGUUACGACCACUUCACUAGUUCUCCGUUGAUGGACUCAAAAGGAAAGAACAUCCACAUCACUGAAUUUAAGUAUUUUAGCUCAAUGGACAGUUUUUCCUCUUACAUUUCUGAUGAAUUAGCUCAAAGAAGUGCACUAACGGAUGCAACCGUUUUAGACACUAAGCUGCGAGGUCAGCUGGAAAUGAAAUCCAAGAAGAAAGCGGAGCUUAUUCUUCACAUGGCUCAGUUAUAUUGGCCAUAUGCAUUCUAUGGGGGACGGUUUGACAAUCGUAAUACCCAGAAAUUGAUGGAAGACAUGUCCUUAGAAGAAAUGAGGGACUUUGGAUUUGAUGUACGGGGCAUAAAUUGGGAGCAUUACAUCGUGGACGUUCACAUUCCAGGUUUAAGAAGGCAUGUCAUGAAGGAAAGACUUGCAUCCUUAUAACUAUGCUUUUGUUAGUGGUGUCCCCUUGCUGUAAUCAAUAAAUAAGAAAGAACCGUAUCUAAGACUUGGGAAGGAAAAAGAAAAAAGAGGGGAGGCUAUCAUAUCGUUGCAUUUAUGCUUAUAGUACUUCAAUAAUAUCCAUAGAGGACUAUGUAACGCAUCCCAUCUGUCCCAAUGUAUAAUGGUGAAUAAUUCCUCGUCUUUGGAUGGAAGAGUACUUGGGGGUGUAAAGAUGCUUGCAAUUGCAGUCACUUUUACUGUUGAAAUCUAAUGUUUUGUACCAUGUCAACACCA